CACAACGCGGAAGCAGCUUUGAAUGGCAGUUGCACUUUACUGGUGUUUUUUUUCUUUUAGGUUUUUGUGUUUAUAGUUACAGUGACAAAAAUCAUUGUCAUUAAAAACCCGACUUACGUGGUGUUGUAGCUUGUUUUUUGAGAGUGCCUCCUUCGGAUAUGGCAUCUCAUGGCUUUCUGUCUUUCGUGUGUAUUUGUUGUUAGCUAGACUGCAGUACACCUUCCCAACUUACCCCUAGCGUUGAAGUUUCCAGCAGCAGCCAGCAAAAUGAAAUUCCGCUCGUCUGUCUUUGCCUCGUUUAUUUUGCUAUUUGAAGUGAUUGGCGUUGCCCUCUUCCUGCGGGGAUUUUUCCCUGUGCCCGUCAAGUCUUCUUUCUCGUCCAAGAGCAAGCUGUCAGAUCUGCCAGCGGAGCCGCUGUCAGGGAGCACCCCUAACUCCACCCGCAUCCCACACCCCCUUUUUAAAAGGGUGGUUAUAAUGUUAGUGGAUGCGCUGCGGGAGGACUUUGUGUUUGGACCCAAUGGUCACAAGUUUAUGCCGUACACCAGACAUGUGGUGGAACGAAGCUCAUCACACAGUUUUGUGGCCAAGGCGAGACCUCCAACUGUCACCAUGCCCAGAAUCAAGGCUCUCACCACUGGCACUAUCCCAGGCUUCAUUGAUGUGGUAAUAAACCUAAAUUCUCCUGCAUUGCUGGAAGACAACCUCAUUUGGCAGGCCAAAACUGCAGGGAAAAGGAUAGUUUUCUAUGGAGAUGACACCUGGGUCCGCCUCUUCCCCAAACACUUCAUGGAGUACGAUGGCACAACCUCCUUCUUUGUGUCCGACUACACCGAGGUUGAUAACAAUGUGACCCGUCAUUUGGAUAGCACCCUUAAGAGAGAUGACUGGGACAUCAUGAUCCUUCACUACUUGGGCUUGGACCACAUUGGUCAUAUCAGUGGACCGCACAGUUCACUCAUCCAGCCCAAACUGCUGGAGAUGGAUGACAUCCUGAAGAAGAUUCACAGUGCCCUCAUUUCAAAGGAAACAGAGGAAUCUCUGCCCUACCUCCUGGUGCUGAGUGGGGACCACGGCAUGUCCGAGACUGGCAGCCAUGGAGGCUCUUCAGAACCAGAGGUCAACACACCACUGGUGCUCAUUAGUCCAGCCUUCAAAAGAAAAGCGGGAAUGGAGAAGCCUGGAGUCGUCGAGCAGGUUGACCUGACCCCAACCUUAGCACUGGGUCUCGGGCUGCCCAUUUCUCAAAACAGCGUAGGCCACGUCAUCCCAGGUGUCUUUGAAGAAACCUCACUCCGAGACCAGCUGCGUUUUCUGCAUCUCAAUGGUCACCAGCUCAGCUGCCUCCUCAAAGACAGCAUGCCUAACUAUGAGAAAGAGGUCGGCUUUGAGCAGUUCCGUGUGGCAGAAAAGGCUCAUGGGAAUUGGAUGAAGCUCUACAUGGAGGGAAACACGUCUGAGGUGCUGGCCAACAUGGGGAAAAAAGUGCUGAAACAGUACCUGGAUGCUCUGGAUGCCAUGAGCUCAGCUCUCAGCAAACAGCUUGGCAAGUACGACAUGUACUCCAUGAUCGCAGGCAUGGUCUUUGUGUUUCAGCUGCUGUUGGUCUUACUGCUGGCUAUGCCUGAAGCCCUCAGUGGAGCCGCAACUGUGGACCUCCCGGUCCUCUCAACCCUGCUCUCCCUGCCUUUCUACCUCUUGUGCCUGUUGUUUGCCUCCAUUCACGUCUUGGUGUGUACAUCUGCUGAAAGCACCUGCUACUUCUGCAGUCUCUCCUGGGGUCUCGUGUUUGCUGCCAUCGCCCUCUCAUCAGCAGUCUUUUGUAUUUUGAUCUCCAUGGCGACACGCCGACUUCCCCUUGGGCAAAAGAUUCACGGGAAGUCUCCACUGAGGAGCAGUGGCAGUGAGUGGUCACUGUCAGAGCUGGAUAUGUUGCUGCUGGCCGGCACCGUCGGACACACACUCAGCUUGGGGGCCAGCAGCUUUGUGGAGGAAGAGCACCAAACCUGGUACUUUCUUCUCAGCACCCUCUGCCUCGUCGUCUUCCAGGACGUCUGCCGCAAGUACUUCAGAGAGCAGAGUGGCUCAGGGGAUGAUGAAGAAGAGCAUAUCCUUCCCUGCAAGGACCAUCAUCCCUAUGCUCCCAAUAAGGCAGAUAUUAAUUCAGAGAAGUGGCUAGCAUUAGCCACACCGCCCUUCACUCUGGCCUGCUGCCGGCUGCUGCGCUCAUUCAAUCAGACGGGGAUACAGUGGGCUCAUCUUCCUGAUUUUGGACAUUGGCUUAACAGCUCUGAGCACGGGGUGGUCCUUUCCCUUCUGGCUGCCUUCUGUCUCAUUCUUAUUUACCUCCUGGUCCAAAGACGGUGUUCAUGGGUCUCCAAGGUCGCCCUCGCCCUUGGACUUUUGGGUGUCUACAGCUACCGCGCAGCUGUCGGCAAUGUCUCGUUUCCCUGGCAACAUUCUGGUCGAACCAUGUCCAAGGGAACAGUGGAGGCACGCUUUGUCUAUGUCUUCGUUUUGGGCAUCCUCUUCACGGGCACCAAAGACCUGCUGCGAUCCCAGAUUAUCACGGCAGAUGCCAAACUGAAGAGUAGAGGAUUGUGGGAGAUUUACAGCGGCUUGGUCUUGCUGGUUUCCCUGUUGUUUCGUGCCCACAACCUGCCCGUGCUGUGCGGCUGCCUGCUGAUCCAGACGCUCAUGGCUCAGUUUAUCUGGAAGAAGCUCCACUAUGAUGCAGCUCAGACCACCAUCAUGCACUACUGGUUUGGUCAGGCCUUCUUUUACCUUCAGGGCAACUCCAACAACAUUGCCACCAUUGAUAUUUCAGUGGGCUUCAUUGGUCUGGAAAGUUAUAUAGAAGCACCUGCCGUCUUCUUAACGGCCCUCAACACUUACGCAGGGCCCCUGCUCUGGGCGUGUCACCUGGUCUGCUACCUUAGCUCAGAGAGAGACAGGAGCCCGGUUGCAGUCGGCCAUGGUUGCUACUGUUUGGCCCUGCUGAGGUCUGUGCCAGCAGCAGCCUACAUUGUGCUGGUAACUGUUCUACGCUACCAUCUCUUCAUAUGGAGCGUCUUCUCACCCAAAUUACUGUACGAGUCCGUGCACCUGCUGCUGACCGCAGGGGUCUGUCUCUUUUUCAACACGAUGGAGCAAAGCCACAGCUCCGUUCCAGGUCAUGAUGGUUGACCUUCUUCUAAGCCAUGCCCUCCAGCACUUCUGGUGGAUCCUGAGGCGUUCACAACGCUGAAAGGAAGGGAAGAUGAUUCUCCCCAGUAGAUUCCAAAAGCAGGAGCUCACUAGUUUGUCGUAUUCCAGGGUGUGUCCCCAUCAAAAGUCUCCUCAGCUGCCUGUUGUAGCCACUUGUCAGGACGUACAACUCUGCUUCCUGAGGUUUGUAGUGGUUUGUUUCAGGUAAGAAUGAAGAUAUUUUUUUUAACCAGCUUAAAAACAGAAACAGCUAAAAGUAGCAGUUGCCAGUUAACCUCAAAAAUAAUUGCUAUAGUGAUGUUUUUACAAUCCAGAGUUUUGAAGGCUGAUAAUUUGAAGAUUCAUAUUCGUGCUGUGUCCUGUUUGGAGUGACUCCAUUUAUUUUGGCCCGGCAUUUUAUUUUUAUUUUAUCACAGCUCAGUGAACACUGAGUAAGCAAAGCUAAAAAGCCACUUAGUUUUCAUCUUUCUUCUAACACAACACAAUUUUUUUAAGUACUAAGUUUUUCACAAACAUAUUGCACACAAAUUUGAUCUUGUCAUGAUUUAUAUCAAGAAUUGGGUCGCGAUGGUUUAUCGUCUUGAAAAUGUGUGGCCAUACGACGAGUUUGGGGGAACUUUAUUAAGAGAUUUAUUGGACAGUUUCAGCCACCAGGAGAUUUUUGUGCUGCUAUCACAGCUGGUGGAGAUGACCUCAUGGCCACAGCACCAAGUCACUCAACUAUGGAGGCUUUUGCCUGAGGUGUUCUAGUCAAUGAGAUCUCAUGCUGAAACUGGAGGAACAGCAUCUGCACAAGUUCACAUCAGGCAGGUUGUUCCUUCUGUUCCAUUCCUCUGGGUUAAUAAUAUUAAUAAUAAUAGCAACUACAAUAGUAAUACAUUUAUAAUGCACUUUUCAUUUAAAAACUACAAGGAUGCAUACAUUAAUUAAUAAGAAAUAAAUUAACAUAAGGUUAAUUUGCUCAUGUGACUCCAUGUGAGCAUUGUCUUAACAUAUUCAGUUGUAUGGAUAAUCAUUACUUUUUUUUCCCAUUUUGUUUCCAAUGUGAACGACAAGACCAAUCCUGCUGUAUAUGUCUGAUCAGUGUUAUCACUCAGAUCAAGUGUAAGCUAUUGAAUUAUAAAUAUUUAAUAGAACUCCACUGUUGGAAACCACAAAUAUCCAU